AGAAGCCCGCCAAACCCAAAACAAAACUCCCCGGCGUCAUUCUCAAUUAUCGAAAGAAGGAAGGAAGAAGCCAAGAAACGAUUCGAGUUCAGCCGAUAUCGCGAUCCAGAGAAGCAGCCGAAGGAGCAACGAUGUCGUGGGUGUGGUUGGAAGCAGCUCUGCCGCUGGGGAUCAUCGGCGGGAUGCUCUGUAUCAUGGGUAACUCACAGUAUUACAUUCACAAAGCCUUCCAUGGCAGGCCAAAGCACAUCGGUAACGACAUGUGGGAUGUCGCCAUGGAACGAAGGGAUAAGAAAAUUGUCGAGAAUCUGUCUUCUCCUUCGGAUUAGAUCCUCGAUGCAUGAAUCAUUGAUGUUGAGAAGCAUAAUCUUUAUGAUGUCUUAGGCAUUGGGGUUGCAACUGGAUGAGGAACAGUCUGUCAGAGGAAUAAAGUGAUCGCAUGAUGGAUGCUGAAGAAGAUCUUAGGAGACAUUUGUUGCUUUCAUUUCAGCCGUGUGUGUUUCCCAACUGUGGGUGGCAUUGCCAUGAAUAUUUUGGUGUAGUAUGAUUUUGACUGGAGACUUUCUUCCUCCAUGAUAUGGGUGUAAUGUUGGUCUACGGACAAACAUAUGAAUUCAGGUCAGUGGCCAUGUUGUUUCAUAAUCUCAUUGUUUGCUUGAGGUUUGUUAACUUAACAUGUCGAUGCGAAUACAAUAACAGUGAGGGAGGGGAAGUACCGACAUAUGAUAGAAAAUAGAUGUGCCCUCUUCUAGGAACUGAUUGUGUUAGGUCCCUUUAGAUCAGAUGCCAGAGGCUGAGGGUGAUACGCGUCAGGAAUGAGAAAACUGGGCAGGAAGGGAAGUGAAUGUGGGAGGGUGGGCUGGUUUCUGUGAUGAUAGCUUGCGCUCUGAAUACGUAGGACAUGGCACACUGUAAAUGUCUGUAAACAGAUACAGAGAAGUGAAGGGAAGAGUAGCAGUUGCAGUUGCAGCAACGCGCACGAGUAAUUGAUAGUGGGCAUGUUGGGUGGAGCCUUGGUGGUGGGCAUGUUUGUUGGUUUUGUUGCUUCCAUAUUCCUAAUAUUCUUGGUUUAAGUCUAUGCAGAAUAAUAUGGUGGGAACUUACUUUAAACCGGACAAUUAUUAAA